GGGGGGGGCGCGCGCUUGAUGUCAUUUCUGAAGCGCUCAACCAACCGCUGCUGUUGUAAUGUAAAGCUAGCAGUGUCCUGGUGAAGCGCUGUUAAGGAUCCGGUUCGCAUACAUUGGUGCCUCCGACUUGAAUAUUCUCUGUAUCGGAGAGAUUCCGCAGCCAAAUUACGCAUGGAAUGGUUUUGGGGGGAUUGGAGUAGAAAUGCAACGCCGCACUUCCAGCCCACAACAAGAACCAUGCCCAGCAUACAUUGCAAGCAAAUCUAUGACAUCCUGUUUUAUCCAUUAUGACUUUGAUAUGAGUGAAACUUGCUUGGAUACUGACGAGGAGUGAAGAAAAUAUACACUGCAUACAAGCUGAAGGACGUUGUUUUCGCUGCAGAAGCUUGUGAACCGAAAAAUCUCUGCAUUUAGGAUUUCUUUUUUUGAUGGAGCUGGAGAACAUAGUAGCCAACACUGUACUGCUAAAAGCGAGAGAGGGUGGAGGAGGAAAGCGGAAGGGUAGGAGCAAAAAAUGGAAGGAGAUCCUUCGCUUCCCCCAUAUAAGCCAGUGCACUGAGCACGGAAACGACAUUGAAAGGGACUAUGUCAGCAUCUGUGAGAAACAGCCUAUCGGACGGCUACUGUUUCGUCUUUACUGUGAGACCAGACCUAAACUGCAACGAUGCAUCCAACUACUGGACGCAUUGGAAGACUAUGAGGUGACACCUGAUGAAAAGAGAAAAUGCAGAGGGGACCAGAUCAUCAAGACUUUUCUCUCAAAACAAUCACCUCAGCGGGUAGACAUAGCAGAGGUUUUUGCAGAACAGUGCAGAGAGAACCUCGAGCUCAGCCCAUGUAGGGAGAUCUUCAGCAACUGCCUCAAGACCGUCCAUGACUACCUGAGUGCAGCUCCAUUCUUGGACUACCAGAACAGCAUGCACUUUGACCGAUUCCUGCAGUGGAAGAUGCUGGAGUGGCAACCAAUCACUAAAGACACAUUCAGACAGUACAGAGUGCUGGGGAAGGGGGGAUUCGGAGAGGUGUGUGCCUGCCAGGUUAGAGCUACAGGGAAGAUGUAUGCCUGCAAGAAGCUGGAAAAGAAGAGGAUAAAGAAGAGGAAAGGGGAGUCCAUGGCUCUCAACGAGAAGCAGAUUUUAGAGAAAGUCAACAGUAGAUUUGUUGUGAGCUUAGCGUACGCAUACGAGACCAAAGACGCUCUGUGUCUGGUGCUGACCAUCAUGAACGGCGGAGACCUGAAGUUUCACACCUACAACAUGGGCACGCCGGGCUUCGAGAAAGACAGGGUCCAGUUUUACGCCGCACAAAUCUGCUGUGGACUGGAUCAUUUGCACAAGGAAUUCAUCGUCUAUAGGGAUUUGAAACCGGAGAAUAUCCUAUUAGAUGACAAUGGACACAUUCGUAUUUCUGACCUGGGGCUGGCCAUCAAAGUGCCUGAGGGAGAACUCAUCAGAGGCAGGGUGGGGACUGUGGGCUACAUGGCUCCGGAGGUGAUAAACAAUGAAAAGUACGGCAUGAGUCCUGAUUGGUGGGGGCUGGGCUGUCUUGUUUACGAGAUGACCGCCGGGCGAUCGCCCUUCCGCGCCCGCAAAGAACGAGUGAAACGGGAGGAGGUGGAGAGGAGGGUGCAGGAAGAGGAGGAGGAGUAUAACGACAAGUUUACAGACGACACAAAGGCCAUCUGUAGAAUGCUGCUGACCAAAGACCCUAAGCAGAGGCUGGGGUGUCUGGCGGACGUUGCGGCGGGUGUGAAGGCCCACUCGUUCUUCAAAAAGAUCAACUUCAAGAGGCUGGAGGCAGGAAUAGUGGAGCCCCCCUUUGUGCCUGAUCCUCGGGCAGUGUACUGUAAGGAUGUUUUGGACAUAGAGCAGUUCUCCACAGUCAAGGGAGUAAAUUUGGACCAAACUGACAAUGACUUCUACUCCAAAUUUACGACAGGCAGUGUUUCCAUCCCAUGGCAGAAUGAGAUGAUUGAAACUGAGUGUUUCAGAGAUUUGAAUGUGUUUGGGCCUCAAGGGACGAGACCUCCAGAUCUGGACUGGAAUCAGCCACCAGAGCCGCCCAGACGCAGCCUGCUGGACAGGAUCUUCAGGAGGCAUCACCCGGAGGUGUCCAUUUCCCACAGUCGUGUGCAGUCUUCCAGCGUAAACUCUGUGGACUCCAUGUCCAACUCUGCCCCCUAGUGGCACAGUGACAGUGUGGGAGCCCCACACACACAAAGGGAAGGAGCUCUGAGGGGCUUCCCCGCUGCUUAUUGGUCCACAGCCGGGGCCUGAGCAGCAGCCGGAGACAGACUGUCUAAAAGCCUAAAUGUUCAGGCCAUGGGGGGGGGGGGGGGGGGUGGGGGGUGACCAGGCCCGGAGAACCCAGGCAUUUGUAGUGGGAUGGUCAAUGUUGCAAAGACGUUUGGAAAUAUUCGGACAAACAUUACUUACCCUCAGGAUUGUUGGACUAUAGAACAGAGCCACUGACGUUGAUGACAACAAAAAAGGAUAGAAAACAAGCUAAUAUUCAGGGGAUCCACUGUAUAAUAGAGACCACCACAGGGAAUAGACGAUGGGGUCUUGGUGAAUUUUUUGUUUUUCUAGAAAAGGAAUUUAUUUUUCACUCAUUUCCAGUCCUUUACUUUCUGGCCUGUACCUUGUAUCUCUCCAUCUAUCUACACCCCUCUGUGCUUCAUGUCUAUACAACUCUUACUGUAACUUAUUUCUUUCUCUGCAUUUCCACCUCCCAUACUGUACCUCAAAUAUCACUCCUAAACAUUCAGAACACAUCACCUCAACAACCUCAACACAUAAAGUACAUUGCCUUGCGUACGCUCAGGCCAAAGAUUACAGUUUAGUUUUGUGAUACUGUUGUCAUGUUGAUUUAUUGUUUUUUCAAGGUUUUCAGACGUCACUUAGAACCACAGGAGGAUUAGAACAUGUGACCCGUUUUAUACACUUUCUCUAAAUAUGAGCCGACAGACUUAUCAUAUCGCUUAAUACAUGCAGUACAUACAUACACAAUCAGAUAGACAUACAAAGACAGAAUUGUGAGAAUCGUGUUGUGUUUUCAUUGCAUGGACAAGUGUAAGUAUGGACAGAUCCUUUUCGCUUCUGCAUACCUCAUUCCACUGAUGUUACCAUCGUACACCGUACGACACGCAGACGUCUCCAUCGGUUCAGUGUCACUUUAUAUUUGGCAUUAUGUGGAAACAAAUGAAUAUGCUGUACAGAAACAGAAAUCUUGAAUCUUUUUUUUUUUUUUGCUCAAUUUUUCUGCACAGUCCCCCAUGGAGUGGAGAGGAACACAUGCACUCAGCCUGACAAGUUGCACAAUUAAAGCUGCCAUGCUCUUUCUUCUCCAAAUUAACUUGUUUUUACCUCUGAUCAUUAGGGCACAUUAUUAUACUGAUAUUGUAAAACACCGCUUGUUUACUGCGUCUGAAUCGAAAGUGUUCUUGCUCUCUCAUAUGAGUUUUUUUCCAUUUAAGUCAUAUAGCUGCAUCGCCAUUGUUGUCACAUGUACAGGUUUUUAUAUUUGGCUCCUUUACACUUAACAUGCUCUUAAAAAAAGCCUCACAAAUGUAUAAGGCCUAUCUUUUGUUUGUGCCCAACCGUAAUAAUCAGGGUAUAAACGACUACGUAAAAGGUUUAUCUCAUCAGAAUUUUAUUUUAAUCGGUCCAGUUCAUCCAUGUCAGAGCAGAGGAAGACGCCAGAGGAUCCCGCAGACACCACACAAAGAAGUGGCCUUCUCGCAGCAGCACAACCAAUUGAAAGAGAGGAAGAGCUCACUCUCUUCUGCUUGUUUUAAGAAUGUGAUAUUUUCCUUUUAUGACGUAGUGAGAGCUGGUCCAUGCAGUCAUUUUAAUCGUCCUUGCAGAUCUCAAGCAAGCAGCCUUUUUUUUUUUUUCUUCUCUUUUCUGCAUACUUGAUAUGGAAAAAAAGAGACUCUGAAUGAGACUGAAGUGCCUCCUUGUUAGCAUGAUCUCCCAGACAAUGCCCACACAGACAUCAGGACUUUGUUUAUUCUCUGACUGUCAUGUUUGUUUUGCUGGGGAACGCGUCAACACAAAUACACACAGACAUACACAAUUUUGGAGGGAUUGAGAGGAGAGGGUCGAUGAGGGAUUCUUAAUGUGAUGCUGAGUGCAUGUGAAAGCCAAACCCACUGUGUCCUUCAAGUCCCAAUAAACUCUGUGCUAUAGUUUGAGUACUC